AUGACACCUUCAGAGCAGUCUUGGGUUCCCCCCAAUCCUCCCCUAGGGAUUCCGAGCACCACCCCAGACGUACCCCCAGCCAUUUCCACCCCAGCCCGGCGGUACGGCAAGAUCCAAGACGGAGGAGCUACACGACAACGAUGGAUCGAAGACCCCACUGAUCCCACAUGCCAAAUCCAGCCCAACGCCCUGACCGUAGCGGAUCUUACAAAGGCACGCUGGCUCAUUCAAACCGAGAAGCAUAACAUCCCAUUCCAGGUUGCGGAGAAUGCCUUCGCACUGGGGUACACUAACAAAGCGAUAUAUAACCAGACACUGACGCGCAGGUUGGCAGAGGGCGAUCCUGGGCUAGCUGGCUGUGAGAAUGUGUAUGACAUCCUAGUUGGAAGGGGUCUGAUCAUCGUCGAGGCGAUGUUCAGAAGUGACGGACCUCAGUUUUCCCAGAUUGCCCGAGCCCGGUUGCAGGAGAUUGCUGAGCCACAGACUUUGCGACACUUAUAUGUCUGUGAUGUUGUCAAUUUCAAUACCAAAAAUUUUGUCCAGGAUGUUUUAUAUUCAUCGCGUAAUGGUCUGACCUGGCCUCCGGCUUGUGACGCGCCGCUGAUAUGGCAGUAUAACACCCCCGAGUACCAGGCUCUUCUGGGUACACGCGUUGGUAAGUGCGCGGUGUAUCUGGUCCUGGAGAUCUUUCCGAGGGGUACAUAUUAUAUUUCUAAGGUUAUGACCUGGGAUCAAAGUUCCUCACUUGAGAUCAGGUUCGAUAUUGAACCUAUUCCUGCUUCUUUGGUUUCUGCUGCGUGA